GCGGCUUAACAUGACAACAAACGGCUGCCCAAGCGACUUAUCAGCGCUGCGAACUUCAAAACGAUUUCGCUGCCACAGCGCGUAACAAGUUCGCGAAAUUGAAGUUAAAGCUUAGUCUAGAAACAAUCCAAAAAGGAUAUAAAUAUAUAAUUAUAUACAUAACAUAUCUGUAUAUACAUAUAAGCAAUCAACAUGUCCACACCUGUCGGAUCGAAGCCAUGCAGUCUGCUUUGCCCCAAUUGCCAUCAACAGGUGACCACGCGCACCGAGGCCAAGGCCUCAAAUAAGACCCAUAUAUUAGCCCUCAUACUGGGCGCCCUCUGCCUGUGGCCCUGCGCCGCCUGUUUGUACUGCACGGAGUGUGCGCGCAACACGGAGCACUACUGUCCCUCGUGCAACAACUACAUUGGCAGCUACGAGCGUUGACAUGAUUCCAGAUAGAUCAGCUCUAUAUUGUAUAUAUAUACAUAUAGUGUAU